UUUCCUCUACUUACUGUUUGUUUUUAAACUUUCUCCAUCAUCUCACUCUCUAUCUUUCUCAUCCGCCAUGGAUGCACCAACUCAAGCUUCGUUUAUACUAUCAAAGCUAAAAGAUUACGAUUUUGAUGAUAUAUACUCCCUCUUUUCCGAUUUCUUACAACCAUUUUCUACCAAAUCUCAAAAUCCUAACAAAAAACCCUCGCGGACUAAAAAACCCUCAACAUCUUCCACUUCUUCGUCAAUCAGGUCACUUGCGAAGACAUUUGAUGUUUUCGUCAAGCCAUGUUUGUCUCUUCUCCCAAAACUCCUUUGGGAUUCUUCAAAACAUCCGAAAACUAGCGAAUUUGUGAACCAAUUAUUCGAUUGUUACAAAUUGUGCUUAAAUUGUUUGGAAAUUAUGUCUUCGGAGCUGGCUGGUGCAUCAUAUAGUGUUCAUUUACAAAGAGGAAGGUAUGUGGAUUGUUUGAUGAGGUGGGAGAAGUAUGAAGAUGCGAUUGAUGAAGGAUUUAGGGUUUUAAAGGAUCUUGGAGGGGUUAAAUUUGAAGGUUGUCGCUGGAAGGUUUCGAUCGGGAAGCUUCUUCCGGUACUAAAUGAUUGUAAUGUAGAUAAAGAUGGUAAAGUUGAUGGUGAUUUUGCGCUCCUAAUUGUUCGUUUGGCUGUUACUGUUGCGCAAAGUGUGUCCUUGAGUAAAGUCAAGGAUGCACACCAGUAUAAUCAUCUAUUGAUUUUGCUCAAGGAGGUUCAACCUUGGUUCGGGCAUUUGGAAUCGAGCUUGAUUAGUAAUCAACAGUGGAAGCUUGUAAGACACCUCAAGAAUGCUGCAGUAUUUUUGGUCAAAGAAUUUGCACAUUUUAAAGGGGAUCUGAUAGCUGGUUUCUGUACAUCUGUUUUCAAUGAGUAUAUACAACUGUUGAAUGCUAAUAAUUAUGAGGGAAUGGACGAGCUGAAAGAAUUUGAAAACUUUGUAUCAUAUUGUGCAUACAAAUGCCGGUUUGCAUGCAAGGAUGUUCGUAAUUCAGUGGCUGCACAUAUGUUGGCAUCUUCAGGCAAAUUUUCUCAGGAUUUUGGACACUUCAUUCUGAGGCUUUAUGCUUUGGGGCUUUAUUUUACAGAGUUGAGCCUUCAACCGAAGAGUUGUUUGUCUUCAGUGUCUGAAGGAUCGAGGAAUACUUCGUCUGUGGAGUUUUUACCCGAAGACCUAGAUAAACUACAGAAAUUAUCUGUUUUGCUUUGCAAAACCAAGGAGUACUACCCUUCCCACUCUCUUACGGGUGAUGAGUUUUUAAGUCAUGGCGUAAACAAAUGUGUCCACAAAGCAUCUACACGUGCAAGAUCUGAUUGUCAGGCUUUUAAAUCCCGCAAGUCUGCAAAAGAAGAGGCAUAUAUAUGUUUUUAUCUAAAUGCCUUGAAGUUCCUGUGUGGGCCAUUUGCUGACUUCGUGAUUUCAGAAAGAAAAAGGUUUCUUAAGGAAGACAUCGAGUCCCCCCUUGGAACUGUAUUGAAGGUGUUUCUGGAAUAUAGCCAUAUCUUUCUUCACUGCCAGCAGAAUAAAGAUUCACAUGUUGAAAUAGACACGGUUGUUCUCAGCAUCUCUGUAGCUGCAUUCACUGUUUCCCUGAAGCUUAAUAUCAGCUUUGAGAUGAAUUCUUCUGCUAGGAGGCUUGUAAAUUAUAUACUCUCUGAUGAAUGCAUUCGAUUGUUACGACCCAAAUUGUUGAAGUACAUCAUACCCAUGCUUCACAACAACUUCGUAGAUUUCUACAGACUUGAACAAUUGAAAGAGGCCGCAGAGGCUUUGGAACUUUGUUGUAGAGCUUCAUGGAAUCGUUGCCUACUUCUAUCCGAGAUACUUGUCGGCAAGCAGAAUGGGUUUGAUGGAGAGUCAUCUGAAAAUAUGAUUGUAGAGUCUUUGAAUGAAGCAUGUAAAGCUAAUUCUCUACUUAUUGACAUUCUCUGUCAAUCUGAUAGCUGUAAAAUGGUGACGGUAAUACGGUCUGGUAUUGAAAAGUGGUAUCUUUCCAGAAAUAUUUUGGAGCAGUUGCCGUGUCCUGUGGUAUUGAUAAAGCAUUGGGCUAAGAUGCAAUGUAAGCUAAAUAAGAACAUUGAAGGUGAUGCUAUAAUUUUGGGUAGUCAUCUCUUCCACUCUCCUUUCCUGGUGGAAAAUAAUAUUUCAAUUGCAACUGUUGGGUCCUUUUUAGAGCAGGAAUUCUUAGUUUAUCAGGAGCUGAGCAACUACUAUCCCAAGUUUUGUCAUAGAAUGCAAAAGGAGAUCAUUGAUAUCCUUUUGCAGAGAGUUUAUCUCUCGAGCAAGUGCAUUGGCAGAUCUAUUACCCUGGUUAAUCAAGGAAUGUUGUCAAGGACUAUUGGAGUUGAAGGUCUAGACCAUUGUAUUCAUUAUUUGUCAGAAGCAAUUGAAGUCAUUAAUGGCUCAUGUGAUGCAACUCGUGUCAUAGCUGAUAAUCAGUUAGCUGUUAUUUAUUGCUUACGUGCUCUUAUCACUCAUGAAGCUAACCCAACCUCAAAGGAGAUGUUUGAAGAUAUCCGUAAAGCUGUAGAUCUAUGGCUGGAGAUUGAUGUUCCCGGUUGCUCUUCCAGUUACUAUAGUGACAUGGGAUGUGAUGAUGUUUUGCUGCUGUUGUAUCAUAUUGCUGACUUAUUAUCCAUAAAGGGUGACAUUACGCUUCAUGCAGAUAUACUAAAUUUGAUCAUUAAAGUAUUUAAACGGAUGAAUGUCCCAUUGGAGAAGUGUUUGUUAUUACUGUGGGAGUCUCGAAGGGUUAACCAUGCUCUUUGUGUUGUACCUACCAAUGAGACGUUAAUUAUGGCUCUUUCACUGUAUUAUGGGGAAGAUGCAGAGUGUCUUGACUUCUGGAUUAGAAGUUUGGUGGAUUCUCCGCCUCUAUUAGUUGGGUUUCAGCUAAAUUUUUCUUUUUUGUGUUCACUCUUCCCCCUGGCCUUCAAUCCGAAAAAGCAUUCUUUUGAGUUAGAGAUCUCUGUUGAUGAAGUAAAAGAGAUCGCCGCAAAUCUCACUUCAAAUGCUUCCGCAUCUCGCUCUUCAACUUAUCUAGCUGGAUAUCUAUACCAUGAUUUGAGUGAAAGGCUUUGCGCUGGUGGAAGGAUCAUUGAGGCGUUGUUUUGUGCAAAAGAAGCUCAUCGGCUGCGAGGUAAGCUGUUGCAGGAGCAUUUUUCUUAUUCAAUUCAGCACCUUGAAGGAACUCAUGGGGAACACGGGGAAAACAUACGGAAGUCAUGGGCGUGUAUUAGUCAACUGUCGGUUUUAAAUCAAGCAGCAAUCAAAGCUUGGCCAGCUAAUGUUAUCCCACGGGAUUCAGAUGGAUUUCAUGUUACCCCAUGGAAUGUGCUCCGCUGUUAUCUCGAGAGCACAUUGCAGGUUGGUAUGAUCCAUGAAAGACUUGGAAAUGUAGCUGAGGCUGAAGCUCAGUUCUUAUUAGGCAAGAGUAUCUCUUGCCUGCAGAGCUUACCCCAAUUCAUUGUUAGCUUUUCUUCUUGUUUAGGGAAGAUAUAUCAUGGAAUAAGCCUUUUUGAUCUAGCACAAAAUGAAUUACUGACUUCAGAGAAAGUUUUGGCUGCUGAAAGGAACUCUUUGACUUGCUCAAGGUGUUUGCUUAUGUUGGAAAGUAGCAUCAACGAACAACUUGGCAACUUGUACAGAAAGGGUGUCACUUGUGCUUCAGGAAAGCCAUAUGAAUCAUCUCUUUGCAAUUGGCUUUCUCUUAAGAAGGAUGAUCUAUAUGCCUGGCUUGAGGGAGAUAGUACAGAGCUUUGUGUGCUUGUGGAAGAAGUGGCUAUAGGUGCUGGAUCUAGCAUGGGGAUUGAAAAUGAGCAUGUUGGUGCUAUCCAAGACAUCAGCAAUUUAUCAAUGCGUGCAAAGACAACGGCAAAAGUAGCUGCUAAAAAGUCCAGGAAAACGAAGAAGGAAAUAGAAUCUCUGGUAACAAUUAAGUGCUGUGCCGCAGAGCAAAAGUCAACUGUAACACGUUCUAAAAAGACAGUUUCUCAUGCUAAUCGAGUUAGCUGUGUUAAAUCAGCAGAGAAUUUUAAAAAUAGCUCCAAUUGCCAGACAGAAAGUGGAGUGCCAACUGUUUCUAACCGGAUUAUUUGUCAGAAAUGUUUCUCAAAGGAAGCCACACAAUUUGGUUCGCUUUCUUGUUUUAUUCAAAUGAAGUGGGAGUUUGUUCGCAGGCGACAAAUACUGAGACUACUCAUUGGCUUAGGAAAAUUUUACAGAGGUUUGACCAGAUCUCAUAGAUUACAAAGCAUUUACUCUAAAUGCUUAUCUAUACUUAUUGGAGGAAAUGAUUGUCACUGUUCAAAUUCUACCGUACUUGAGCUUGAUUCUAUUGGCAAGAAGAUUCCCAGGGAUAUUUUCGUUGUUGAAAGUGCAGAAGUGUUGUACAACCUUUGCUGGUUUUCCUUGAAAGCUAUCUAUUCAGGAAAAAUUAGGAGCAAAUGUUGUGAUUUGUGUGGCAUCCAAAUGUCCAACGUUGUCUCGUUUCUGAUGGUAUCUUUUGUUCUAAGCUGCGAGGUUCCAUUGCUACUUCAGAAGGUGUCUAGGCUGCUUGCGUUGACGUAUAUGGUUAUGACUUCAAAAAAAACUCCUCUUUCUUGUAAAAUUUCGGAAAAUUAUUGGGCUGCAUACUUUCAUCAAGCCUCAGUUGGUACUUAUCACAAUUUGCAGCUCUUUUCCGCUGUCACUAUGAAGCAUGAAUCUAAAAAAGCGGAUUAUGAAGCUGCUGUUCCGGAUGGUAUGAUAGCUGAUACAUGUACAUUGCUUAGAAUGGUUCCUGAAUCAACAGAAAAGAUAGAAUCAUACUUGGAAAAGUUCGUGAAAAAGUUUUUUAAAAGCCUUCCCAGUACUACAAUUGUAUGUGUGAGCUUACUGGGGCCUUCAUAUGUAAGCCUUCUAAAUGACCUGACACACUGUGCUUCCAGUCCUUGUGGUUGGAUACUUUUGUCCCAUUUGAAUGCUGAAAUUCAGCCUGCUGUGCUAUUAUUGCCUUUGAGUACUCUUCCUCAAGAUGAAACAAGUUUUAGCUGUUCAAUCUCUGGUGAGAACAAUAUACAGGAGUGGUGCUCUCCAUGGGGUUGGAACGCCCUGGUGGAUGAUGUGGCUCCAUCAUUGAAAUCAAUAUUACGGGGAAACUACCUAUCUUGCUCCAGCCUUCCUGAAGAGCACACUGAAAAAAGUCGCGAAGUUUGGUGGACUUGGAGAGAUAAUCUUGACAAGUGCCUACACAAAUUGCUACGGGACAUGGAAGAAACUUGGUUUGGUCAGUGGAAGCACUUGCUUUUGGGAAGAUGGUUGGAUGCUGAGCCCCUGAAUUCUGUUGUGAAGGAGUUCAUACGCGAAACCAAAAAAGGUGGAUGCUUGUUGGAUUUGAAUGAAAGUAUCCUAAAGGUAGUUAUUGGAAGCAUCAAGUCUACAAAAAUGGAAAAGGUGAGAUUGCCAAAGCUAUUUUUAGAGAAAGGGUGUUACAUUGGUAAAAACACAGAUUGUGAUGGUGGAAGAUGUACUUCACUGGAUGAGGAAUAUGAUGGAGUUGAUUAUGUAUCAGAAUCUCUGAUUGCUGCUAUCAAUAAGGUUGAGCUUGAAUACUGCAUACGCAGGGAGCCUGUCGUUCUUGUGUUAGACAGUGAUGUUCAGAUGCUGCCGUUGGAGAACAUGCCCAUUAUGAAGGAACAAGAGGUAUAUCGUAUGCCUUCUGUUGCCAGCAUCUUCAUGGCCCUCCAAAGGAGGUGUGUCCUUGAGGAAGCGGCCAGACUUGGUUCUAAAUUUCCAUUGAUAGAUCCUCUAGAUUCGUUUUAUCUACUGAAUCCCAGUGGUGACCUAAGUCGUACGCAAGCUGAAUUUGAGGAGUGGUUUAGACAUCAGCACAUGCAGGGAAAGGCUGGAGUUGUUCCAUCAACUGAAGAGUUGAGUGCUGCUUUACAAAAUCAUGAUCUAUUCUUAUAUUUUGGCCAUGGAAGUGGGGCACAGUAUAUGCCUAGAGACAAGAUCCAGAAACUAGAGAAUUGUUCUGCAUUGCUUCUUAUGGGAUGUAGUAGCGGGUCUUUGACCCUAAAUGGGCGAUAUGCUCCAGUUGGUACUUCUCUAUCCUAUAUGAUGGCUGGCGCUCCAAUUGUUAUUGCAAAUCUAUGGGAAGUUACAGACUUGGACAUCGACCGUUUUGCUAAAGCUGUGUUUAAAUCGUUUCUUGAAGAAAGAUCAAUGUCUUCCACAGGUUGCAUCCAAUGCAGUUUAUUAGCCGAAGAAUUGAAGUCCAUGAGUAUGAAUGAAAAGAAAGGUACAAAGAAAGGCCGAGGAAAGAAGGGAACAGUUGAUCCUGCGCCUGAUGUUUCUGGUGAGUAUUGCUUCAGGCAUAAGUUAAGGGCCGGAUAUUUCGUCAGUCAAGCCCGAAAAGCAUGUAAACUUCCAUACUUGAUUGGUGCUGCACCUGUUUGUUAUGGUGUACCUACAGGUAUAAGGAAAAAAAGAGAUAUUUAGUCCCCAGCAUCUUGUAGUUUUUGUUGUACAAUUAAAAAAAAUUUACACAAUAAAUUCCUAGGAUAUAGCAUUGCAUUUUUUAGGGUAGAAAUUACUCUUGGGAGAGAAAAACUGUACAAAAAUGAUGCCAUCAUAAAAACCACAAGCUAUUUAUAUACUUUUUUUAAUAACUGUUUGCCUGGCCCUAUGCGUACGGAGGUGAGCAUUUGGGUAUUUGAUGCGGGUUCAAGUAAGUUAUUUUUGACUUAUCUGCGUAUUUAUUUAGUCGGUUUUUUGUUUAAUUUCACGAAAGAGUUAAUUACCUUUAAAAUUCUUUUGCCAAAAUUAAUAAUGUUAUUCAUUUGCAAAUGUUUGAACAUUUUCUGUUUUACCGGCCUUUUGACAGCAAAAUAU